UGAAUGAGGAAAGCUAUUGCUCUUCACAUUUCCCACUGUCAUUGUAUUUUGCGUCUUGAGUAAACACUUUCAAGAUCCUCUUUUGGUAUGUGAGCAUUACCAUACCAUAUAUGAGAUCAACCCACAUCAUUUUCCUAUUAGUUUGGUUCAGUCCUAGGGUAUGAAUGGAAAGCAGAACCAUUUCAUUUUGUGUGGUUAAAGUUAUCUUUCUGAGGUGUAAGCAAAAGCUGAGAAACAAACAAGUCAAAAGGGACUUUCCUGUGUUUGUACUGUUGGAAUAUCAGAAGACUGAAUCUUUAGAUAUCCCGACAUCGAGAAAGGAAUAUACUGCACUCUUCUGUUUAGAAAACUUGUCUAACAAAAUGCUUGGAGAAGCCUUCCUAAUUGAACUCCUAUACAAAGAACAGAAAUAUACAAAAUAUUGCAGACCACUUACAUGUAAGAAGACCUCAAAUGAUGAAAAGGAAACUUGGAAAAAGCAGCUUUUAGAUAUAGAAGACAAUUCACUUUCCCCUGAGAAAAUGGAAAAUCAAGAUAAGGUUGUGAAAGAAAGUUUAACAGAGCAAAGUAAUAGUACAAAUAAAAUAAAAUCUGUGGAUGAGGUAACUGUAGCUAAAUGCAAAAGUGCAUCCCUUCCAGGAAAUGUGUCUGUUGCAUUGCCCAUUCCAAAGAGAGAACAACAUGAUGAAAGACAACUGGAUUUAUACCGAUCUUGGUCGUGUACAAGUAUUUGCCAGAAUUAUCCUGACCUACAGAUUGGAGGAGACCACGUGGGAAACAUGUAUGACUCAGGCUGCUUUGUGGAACACAUACGUGAUGAUGCUUUUAAUGGUCCCCUUUUACUUUCAGUAGAUAUACCAUUGGGUCAUUCUCCUGUCAUUGAGCCUCUAGAGAAACUACCUGCCUCAAAGCUUUUGAAUGGGGAUGAAAUUCGAGAAAAAAGUAUGCUGAUUCAUAAGCAGCCCCUCUCUAAUUCUAUGCUUAAUAGUUAUAUGGAAAAAAAGGUGGAUGAACUCUACAAACAAUUUUUGGAAGAAAAUCUCACUAGGUGCCACUCAAUAACCAAUCUUAUGGCUUCCAAUUUGCUAAUGAAUAAUGUAAAUCAGAUUAGCCUUCAAAUCUCUCAAGAGCAGAACAUAGAGGAAUCGAAAGCUCGGGAAGCUCUCCUACAUUCUUUAGCAAGAUGUAAUCUUCAUAAUGUUUAUGGAAACAAUUCUGAAUUCAGCACUCCUAACUUACAAAUAUCAAACCAGAGAAGUAGAGAACUUGUAUCACAUCUACAAUAGGAACCAUUUGUACAUUGGUUGGACUGACUUAAGAGACUAGAGAAACAAUAGUCUUCUCUGGCUUAUGUUACAUCAGGCCUCCUUUGGAGUGUGGUUAUUACAUUUUUUUGAGAAAUUAUUUGACCAAUGGUACAUCUGAAUUCUUGUAGGAGACAAUUUUAGUACUUAAGUUUUAUGACCAUAUUUUCUAAUUGUUUUGACAUCUUUAAUGGUUGCCAUAUUCAAGUUUGUAUAUUCCACAUGUGCUUAUCUAUCUAAUUGCCACAGGCAUCCCAAAUUAACCUCAUCACUCUCACACAUCAGCUUUAUUUAUCACAAAAGUGGUAAAAAAAAAAAAAGUGAGACCAGGAGAAGAUUAUUACUGCCAGCUACUGAAAGGACCACUAAAAACUAUAUCAUACAGGAGCUUUUAGUUCUCCACAAAAAUGUUUAAAGACGUAUGAGUAGUGCUUAACAUCCUUCCUUUUAUUUUCAACAUACAGGAUCUUUUACACUGAUAAUCAGAAUAGACUAGUGGAAAUUCUUCAAACAAAAGUUGGAUUUAAGUGAUAUUUGAAACAAAUAUGGAAGAAAGGCUUGAGAAAAGAUGGAGAAUUUGCUGUUGAAAUUUGAUUCUUUUGAACUUUCCUGGGACAAGCAUCAACUUUUUUAUAUCACUAUGUUAUGCACGGUGAUUUGCAGGAAUGGGAGGAAGAAAAGCAUACAGAUAAAGUGAACAAAGUGCAUAGAGAACCACCAUCUAGAAAUGAAGAGGCUCCCUUGGCAACUUGUUACACUUCUCAGAUUAUCUUCCAUCAACAUCCUGGUUUAGGAUAAAAGUUAGCAGGAUGUUAUGGCAAUUUUGGAAUAUAAAUUAAAUAAAUGAAUUAACAAAAUAUACCUAAAAGAAUGGUACAAUUUGUUGCAGACUUGGAAACAAGACCCUACACUUAACAGCUCACCCUUCUCCUGGAUAUAGUAAAAUGAUUGGAAUGCACUUUUGCUUGUAAAAUAAAAUGAUAUGAAUUUCUUUUAUGGAAUUCUUAUAACUGCAUUAUACCUUAAUAAGAUUUGUGUAUUAGUAAUCACAUAUUCCCUUCCACUUAUCUCUCUGGUCUUGGAUUAAAUUUUAUAGAAUGAGUUACCACAAUGCGCUCACAGCUUU